AUGGCGGCGACGGAGGCAGAGGGAAAUAAGGGUGGUGGGUUGAAGAAAAGUUACUUUGAUGUCUUGGGGAUUUGUUGUUCUUCAGAAAUUCCGGUGAUUGAGAAUAUAUUGAAGGAUAUUGAAGGGAUUAAAGAGAUUAGAGUGAUUGUUGCAACAAGAACUGUCAUUGUUCUUCAUGAUGAUCUUCUCGUUUCCCAAGCACAAAUUGUUAAAGCCCUGAACCAAGCAAGAUUUGAAGCGAACGUUAGAGCGUACGGAGAUCAGAAAGAUCACCGGAAAAAAUGGCCGAGCCCGUAUGCGGUGGCCAGUGGGCUGUUGCUGCUCUUGUCGUUACUCAAAUAUGUGAAUCCUAUUUUUCGAUGGGUCGCUUUAGCCGCCGUCGCCGCCGGAAUCUUGCCCAUUGUCCUCAAAAGCUUCGCCGCCGUUCGCCAUCUCAGAAUCGACAUCAAUAUUCUUGCUUUAAUUGCAGUAAUCGGAACAAUUGUGCUGAAGGAUUACUUGGAAGCAGCCACCAUCGUCUUCCUCUUCACCAUCGCCGAAUGGCUCGAGUCCAGAGCCGCCCACAAGGCCAACGCCGUCAUGUCAUCCCUUCUAAGUAUUGCUCCUCAGAAAGCGGUUCUAGCCGACACUGGCGAAGUUGUCGGCGCCGACGAGGUCAAAUUAGGGACUCUUCUGGCUGUGAAGGCCGGUGAGGACAUACCCAUUGAUGGAAUCGUUGUGGAAGGAAAAUGUGAAGUGGAUGAGAAAACACUUACAGGCGAAUCUUUUCCUGUUCCCAAACAAAAGAAUUCCACUGUUUGGGCUGGUACCAUUAAUCUAAAUGGCUAUGUUACUGUGAAGACUACUGCCCUUGCUGAAGACUGUGUGGUGGCCAAAAUGGCUAAGCUGGUUGAGGAGGCCCAGAACAAUAAAUCUAGAACUCAAAGGUUCAUUGACAAAUGUGCCAAAUUCUAUACUCCAGCUGUUAUAAUCAUAUCAACUUGCAUAGUAGUGAUUCCACUUGCUUUGAGACUUCCCAAUCGCAGCCAUUGGUUUCACUUGGCCUUGGUUGUGUUAGUAAGUGCGUGUCCCUGUGCACUCAUCCUUUCCACUCCUGUUGCGUCUUUCUGUGCACUUACUAAGGCAGCAACAUCUGGUCUUUUAAUCAAAGGAGGUGACUACCUUGAAACACUUGGCAAAAUUAAGAUCAUGGCCUUUGAUAAAACUGGGACAAUAACAAGAGGUGAAUUUAUGGUGACUGAAUUUCAAGUUCUUGAUAAGGACAAUAUAAGCUUAGACACAUUGCUGUACUGGGUGUCGAGCAUCGAGAGCAAGUCCAGUCAUCCAAUGGCAGCUGCACUUGUUGACCAUGGAAGAUCACUAUCCAUUGAUCCCAAACCUGAAAAUGUGGACGACUUUCAAAAUUUUCCUGGAGAAGGUGUUCAUGGGAGAAUUGAUGGGAAAGACAUCUAUAUUGGAAAUCGAAAAAUUGCUACAAGAGCCAACUGCGCAACAGUCCCAGAGAUCAAAGAUGAAGCAAAGGAUGGGAGGACUGUUGGAUACAUAUUCUGUGGAACUAUUGCCGCUGGAGUCUUUAGUCUGUCUGAUUCGUGUAGAACAGGGGCUAAAGAGGCCAUGGAUGAGCUUAGAUCUCUCGGUAUAAAAACAGCCAUGCUCACUGGAGACAGUUCUGCAGCAGCCUUGCAAGCACAAAAAGAAUUGGGAAAGGCUUUACAAGCAGUUCAUGCCGAACUUCUACCUCAAGACAAGACAAGGCUUAUCAAUGACUUCAAAAAGGAGGGGCCAACAGCCAUGAUUGGAGAUGGUCUAAACGAUGCCCCUGCCUUGGCCACAGCUGAUAUUGGCAUAUCAAUGGGAAUCUCAGGUUCAGCCCUCGCAAUAGAAACUGGAGAUGUAAUUUUAAUGACUAAUGAUAUCAGGAAAGUUCCAAAAGCCAUUCGACUUGCAAGAAGAGCUAAUAAUAAAGUAAUUGAAAAUGUGAUUCUAUCCGUUGUUCCUAGGAUUGCUAUACUUGGCCUGGCAUUUGGUGGUCAUCCACUUGUUUGGGCAGCAGUUCUUGCUGAUGUUGGUGCCUGUGUGCUAGUUAUCCUCAACAGUAUGCUCCUGCUGCGAGGAACAGACGGACACAAAGGGAAGAAAGCUGGCAAGUUUUCUGCUACUCAUGGUUCCUCCAAACAUAAAUGUUGUCACGUUAGCAGCCAUUCAGAUGAAUGUAGUGGUCACACCCAUGAUCAUGGUUGCAACCAUCGCAGUUCUCACUCUUCUAGUCAUAGUCACCAUCACCAUCACCAUCACCAUGAGCACGAGGACUGUGGCUCUCUCAAGAAUACUCAUGAUGGUUGUUUACAAAAGAAUCAUCCCUCCAUGUGUGAUUCCAAGUUGAAAAAUUCAAGUUCAUGCAAGAAAAGUAAACUCAUGAACCCAAGUUCUAAGAUAGAUGGUUCUACCGGGUGUGUAAAACUCUGUGAACAUGAUCACACCCAUGAUCACGGGUGCAGUGACGGCUCGGACUCUUCUAGUCAUAGUCAUCAUCAACAUCACCACCACCAUCAUCAUGAGCACGAGGAUUGCCACUCGCUCGAGAAAACUCAUGAUGUUUGUUUACCUCAGAAUCAUGCUUCCAAGUGUGAUUCCAGGUCGAAAAAUUUGAGUUCGUUCAACGAAGGUAAACACAUAGACUCAUGUUCUAAGGUAGAUGGUUCUACCGGUAGUGUACAACUCUGUGAACAUGAUCACAUGCAUGAUCAUGGGUGCAACACCGACAGUACUGACUCUUCUAGUCAUAGUCACCACCACCAUUAUGAGCACGAGGACUGUGGUUCUCUCAAGAAAACUCAUGAUGGUUGCGUACUUCAGAAUUGUGCUUCAAAGUGUGAUUCCGGGAUGAAAUCUUCAAGUUCAUGCAAGAAAAGUAAACUCGUGGAUUCAAGUUCUAAGGUAGAUGAUUCUGCAAGCAGUCUAAAACCCUGUGAACAUGGACAUAUCUGUAACGAUCAGCCUGCUGAACACGACCACCAUCCUUAUUCUUCAUGCACUGAUCAUCAUGCCAAGGAUGAACUCUGCUCUCCAGAGAAUACACAAGAGUUUUGCUCGUUUCAGAAGUGUGCAUCAAAUUCAUGUGAGAAAAUCAAGUGCACAAGCUCACCCGCAAGCCACGAUGGAUCUGCUGUGAUUGUUGAGCUCGAUGAAAGUGGAUGUUGUACUCAUAAUACCCAAUCUGCUCAACAUGAUCAUGACAUCCAAAGUCCCAAAUGUGAUUUUGAUGAUAGCCACUCACCCAGUCUUGAACAUCAUAUUAGUAAUGGUUGUUGCUCUCAAAAGAAUACUCACAAGGAUUUUUUAUCUCAUCCAAUGCGUGAUUCUGAAACCUGCAAGGAAGGCGUUCAUCUUCAUUGUAAAGCAUCAAAUGAAGAUAAUGGAGCAAUCAACAAUACUGUAAAUAUCAAGCUUGAAGCAGACCAUUCGAACUCUAAACGUGGCAACACUAGUAAUAAGCCAAUGGAAAACAGAGAGACAAACAACUGUAAAAGCUGCAGAAGGGGAAGUUCACAAUUCAAAAUUGGAAAAUCUUGUGCAGGCUUGAAUAAGAGAGAAGUGGGUGGGUGUUGUAAGAGCUACAUGAAGGAGUGUUGUAGGAAGCAUGGCGAUAUCAGAAUGGCAGUUCGUGGAGGCUUAAACGAAAUCAUCAUAGAAUAG